UGAAAGCGUCACAGAACGCUGCCGAGCGUCUUAAAGUAAGAGUGUGGAACGUAAGUGAGUUUUGUGGAAUACAACUGACGAAAUGAUAGCUUUCUUCAUAUUUGCUUUGGUGGCGGUCUCGCAGGCCGUGGAAGUGGACAGACCGGAGAAUAUGGAAUUGCCCGCGCAUAUUCAAGCGCUGAUAACGAACCACAUCAAUCAUGUGCUGGAAACGACACAGAAACCACAUGGACACACAACAGUAUUGACUGGCCACGUGCCACAGGUUGGAGAAGGAAAUGGAAAUGGAAAUGGCAAAGGAAAAGCAGCAGCGGCAGUGCCGCACUUGGAUCUGCUGCCACCACAUGUGGAGCGACCAAAGGUAGUGCCGCAAGUGAUAAAUCAUCAGGCAACUGGCACAUGGCAGCAUUCAGCUGUUGCUGGCCAUAACAAAGUGGUGAUGCCGCCGGUUCCACAGAUUGUGGUCUCAGUGCCCGGCCAGCCGACGUUGAACAUUGGCGACAAGGUCAACAAGUUGCACCAGCAUGUCAACAAUGUGAUGCACUUGGCCGAGACGCACAUUCCCUCAGCCAUCAAUCAGGCGAUCCACGAGCGCGAGAAGUUGCAGGCAGAGAAGGAGAAGCAGAAGCAAAAAGAGAAGCAUCAAGUUACCACUUCUACUUCAGCACCAGGCCAUCAAAGACUUCGCUUGCUCUCAAACGAAGUUGAGAUACCCGAACUGCUGGAAAAGCAACGCGACCUCAAGAAACUGGGAAAAUGCAACUUUGAGUGUCCACAGCAAUCGCUGCCCAUUUGUGCCACAAAUGGAAACUGUGUUGUCGAAUUUUCUGGACAAUGCGAGCUGAGCGAAUGGAACUGCUUCAACACCAAAAAUGUGUUCCAUCAAGUGCAUGACGAUGAAUGCAGAAAUAUGAUCAAAUGCUACGAUCGUGAUAUGGAGUGAGAUCGAGAUCGAAAACGAGAGAGAUCGCUACAGAGAGUUGCAUUUAUACGAAUUUAUAAUUAAUUGUGCAAUCAAUAAGAAAUUUACUAUUUCCCUUUAAAUUCCUAAGUUACUCGAUUUAACUUAGUUGAGAAAAUAAACUAUUAAUAAAGAGUUGUCUAACGGUCGUAGACUCCAAGUUCGGAAAAA